AUGCAUGCUGGGCAAGUGAAUUUCCUCCGAAAAGCAGAACUUGAGCCGGGUACAGCUUACCGGUUCAGAAUCGCAGGAAUCAACUCAAUUGGGCGAGGGAACUGGAGCGAAGUCUCGGCUUUCAAGACCUGCCUUCCUGGUUUCCCGGGUGCUCCUUCCUCUAUCAAAAUAACCAAGGGACAAGAUGGUGCUCAGUUGACGUGGGAACCUCCACAAAAUGUUGCAGGUCGCAUUUCUGAAUACAGUGUCUACUUGGCUGUUCGUAACACCUCAGGAACAAGCGACAACCAACUGGCAUUCAUGAGGUGGGUUUUAAUCAAAUCUGUCUGUAGCGGUAGUCUGUAUGAUCUGGUAAAUGGAGUUUGCUGA